UGCCCGCGUCAAUCGGAGCAGCUGGAUCCUCCGAGCCGAAGCAAAACCAACAGAACCUCCGUCACGAGUGGGGCUGGACGGCCAGCUGAGGUUCAACGCUGCCUGUUUUUUUUUUUUUUGUUUGUUGUUUGUUUUCACACUAUCUGUUGUGUUUUUAUUUUGUUGUUGUUGAUUUGUUGGAGCGACAAGCCCCCUCCACACCGGACUCGGCGGAUGGUCGGACCACGAGUGGGAAAGCAAACGUGACAUUCGUCCAGUUGGGUUUUUGUUUGUUUGUUGAUUUGUUGGAAGUUGUGGUGGUCACGUCACGAGAUGGGGACGCCGUGCUCGUGUGCGUUCGUGCUCGUGCUGCUCCUGUUUGGCUACUGGCCGGCUGUGCAGACCCCGGCGGGUCCUCGGGAGGGCUGGCAAGUGUUCGGGUCCGCCCGGGACGCCGACGGGCGCUGCGUCUGCACGGUGGUGGCACCCGGGCAGACUUUGUGCUCCCGGGACGCCAAAGGACGCCAGCUGCGACAACUCCUGGAGAAGGUCCAGAACAUGUCUCAGUCCAUGGAGGUUUUGAACCUGCGCACCCAGAGGGACUUCCAGUACAUCGUGAGGAUGGAGAGCCUCAUCAAAGGUCUGCGCUCCAAGCUGAGGCAGGUCGACUCGGACCGGAGGACGCUGGCCACCAAAAACUUCCAGGUCCGCUCCUUCUCCCUCGGGCGUUCCGGUCCGGAACCGUGGAAGAUUCCGGGCGUAUUCCCGUUUGUUUUUCCUCAGGAUCUGAAGGAGAAGAUGGACUCGUUGCAGCCGCUGAUCCCCGUGCUGGAGCAGUACAAGACGGACGCCAGGAUCAUCUCCCAGUUCAAGGUGGAGGUCAAGAACCUGUCCGACGUCUUGCUGGCCGUCCAGGACCAGAUGGGGACCUUCGACUAUGACGAGCUCAACCAGAAAGUUCUCAGCUUGGAAAAGCGCCUGAGAAACUGCAUGAACAAACUCACGUGCGGCAAGCUAAUGAAGAUCAGCGGCCCGGUCACAGUGAAGACGUCCGGAACCCGAUUCGGCGCAUGGAUGACGGACCCGCAAGCGUCUCCCAAAAACAACAAAGUUUGGUACAUGGACGGCUACACCAACAACAAGAUCGUCAAGGAGUACAAAUCCAUGGCGGACUUCGCGUCGGGCGCGGAGUCCCGCACGUACGCGCUGCCGUUCAAGUGGGCCGGCACCAACCACGUGGUGUACAACGGGUCGCUCUACUACAACAAGAUGCAGAGCAACAUCAUCGUGCGCUACGGCCUGCAGAGCCGCCGCGUGCUGACCCAGCGGGCGCUGGACUCGGCCGGCUACCACAACGUGUACCCGUACACGUGGGGCGGCUUCUCCGACAUCGACCUGACGGCGGACGAGCUGGGCCUGUGGGCCGUCUACGCCACCGACCGCAACGCCGGCAACGUGGUCCUGAGUCGCCUGGACCCCGACACGCUGCGGGCCGUGGCCACGUGGAACACCGAGUACUCCAAGCGCAACGCCGGCGAGGCCUUCAUGAUCUGCGGGACGCUCUACCUCACCAACUCGCACCUGACCGGCGCCAAGGUCUACUACGCGUACUCCACCCGGACGUCCUCCUACGAGUACACCGACAUCCCCUUCCACAACCAGUACUUCCACAUGUCCAUGCUGGACUACAACGCCCGGGACCGGGCGCUCUACGGCUGGAACAACGGGCACCAGGUGCUCUUCAACGUCACGCUCUUCCACGUCAUCCAAACCCGGGACGACGCCUGAACGCCGCUCGGCUCGGCUGCUGCACCGGAUUCGUCCCAUUUCAUCGGGGAGAAAAAGUCUACACACCCCUGUUCAAAUGCCAGCGGGAAACAAAACCACACCGAGAUACUGUAACGACUGUACUGCGUAACAAAUAUUUGUAAAUAUAUCGUACAAAGGGGACGAGGAUGUGGUUGCACUAGUGUGCACACCCUCUUAUAAACUGAAGUGUGACUGUUCGGAAUUAACCAUUCGUGUUCAUCCAUCCAUUUUCUUUGCCGCUUAUCCUCACGAGGGUCGCAGGGAGUGCUGGAGCCUAUCCCAGCCGUCAACGGGUCGGAGGUGGGGUACACCCUGAACUGGUCGCCUGCCAAUCGCAGGGCACAUGGAGACAAACAGCCGCACUCACAAAAUCACCUUGGGGCAAUUUGGAGUGUCCAAUUAAUGUUGCAUGUUUUGGGAUGUGGGAGGAAACUGGAGUGCCCAGAGAAAACCCACGCAGGCACGGGGAGAACAUGCAAACUCCACACAUGCGGGGGCCGGGAUCAAACCCGGGUCUUCAGUACUGUGAGGCCAACGCUUUACCACCGUGCCCAUUCAUAUUCAACGUCAUGUUAAAUAUUAAGUCAAGGUAGAUCGAAUUUAAAAUACGUCAUCGUGAGCACAAAAUCUUCGUUUCUUUAAGAAAGUCGAGAAAAGCAAACCACAACGGCUGAAGUUUACUUGGGGUUAAUCAGAGGCACCUGAAAUGGUGGCAAAAGGGUGUGCACACUUUUGCAACCAAAAUGUCUUUGUUAUUUAUAUUUACUCCCCCUGCCCCCUACUCAAUUUAUUUUUUAUUCCGUGUUUUGCAGGUUAGAUGAAUGGUAGAAGGUUUAAAAAAGAUUUUUUUGUCUUGUUUCACUGAUGGUGUAUCGGUACACGCACAAGCCUUUGUUGCGGGCAGCGCGGGAUCGAUUCCCGCUCAGUGACUGUGUCGACAUCUGCCCUGCGACUGACUGGCGACCAGUUCAGGGUGUAGUCCGCCUUUCGCGUGAAGCCAGCUUGGGUAAACUCCAGAUUUCCCGUGACCCUUGUGAGGCUAAGCGGCUUGGAUCAUGGAUGUCUUGUUUUUUAAAACGUCACAAAAAAAAUUGUAUUUCAUCGGGGGUGUGUCGACUUUUCCUACCCACUGUAUUUUAAGACAUUCGUCUCUCAGUUUGCUUUGUUGCAUUGAGCUCAUGCGCGGAUUUUAACUUCCUUCCUGUGCAGGCGAGUCAAUGA